AUGAUGGCUAUUCUUCGUAUUUUAACAUUAUUCAUUUUGGCAGUCGUCUAUUCGAUUGUCUCAGGUCAAACAGGAUCGUGCGAACCAUGCGAUUCAUCGAAAUGUCCAUUAACAUCGGACAAAGAAUGUCUUGCUGGAUUGACACUCGAUAGAUGUGGUUGUUGUCAAGUUUGUGCUCAACGCGAAAGCGAACAAUGCAACCAUCCCGAUGUUCCAUCAAGCAAACAAUAUGAAGCCUGUGGUGAAAGUCUUCAGUGCAAAGUUCAUAUGGAUGCUCGUGGUGGACGACGCGAGGCACGAUGUGAAUGCAAUGAUCAAGUAGAAGUUUGCGGUUCCGAUGGAAAAACAUAUCGUAAUUAUUGUCAUUUAAUGGAAUCGAGCAAGCUAGCUAAAAUUGAACAAAAGCCAAUUAUUAAAGUAGUAAGACGUAAACCAUGCGAUACAGCACCGGAAAUAACUGUACCACCUGUAAGCGUUACAAAUAAAACAGGAAGUAAUGUUUUUUUGACAUGUGAAGUUGCUGGUGUCCCAUUACCUGUUGUUGAAUGGGUCUAUCGAUCGCAAACAGGAAAGCAAAUUGUCUAUCCAACUGAUGAUGAUCGUAUAUCGACAUUAGUUCGUGGUGGACCCAAUGCACAUGUUAUAACAUCAUGGCUUCAAAUUCAAUCUUUAGAAUUCAAUGAUCAAGGUUCAUAUACAUGCGUUGCCAGUAAUUCAUUAGGCAAAGUUGAACGAUCAUGUAAUGUUAGAGUCGAACGUGGCAAAGAAUUUUAA